AUGACUCAAGGUAAAAGAGCUGCUGUUGAAGUUGAAAGAGAAGUAGAAGAUAUAAUCACUGCUCUGCCAGUAAAUGUUGUCGAUCGUAUUCUUAAGUUGUUGCCGGUUCACGACGCAGCAAAAACUAGUAUUUUGUCUAGAAAAUGGAGAGGUAUAUGGGCUUCACAUCCAUAUCUGGUACUGAAUAGCUUAUUUUGCAAAAGGCUAAUAACAAAAUCUGAAUCUUUUUUUAGAGAAACAGUAGAUAUGAUUCUCUUACAACAUAUUGGCGACAUUGUGGAGUUUGAUCUCGAUGUUUCAGGAGUACGAUUGUCUUCAUUUAUAGAUAUUGAUAGAUGGAUGCUUUUUGUAACUAGAAAUGGUGUCAAGAAACUAACACUUAAGAUGUCAAAGACUAUAAAUACUACUUAUAAAGUGCCUUCUUAUAUAUUCAAUUGUCGAACAUUGGAACAUUUGACACUUUUCAACUGUAUCUUCAAACCACCAAAUCCCUUUCUUGGAUUCAACAAUCUUAUAACCCUCUGUCUACGAAGAAUAACGUUUGUACCAGCUACGGAGUUUUGUGUUAUCAAUGCACCCAUUCUUAUCAAUUUGACCUUGAUAAGGUGUAAGUGUACUCAAUACUUCAACAUUGUUGUCUCAAGUAGGUUGAAGUGCUUGUCUAAUUGUGGGGGUCACGGCAAUCUUGAUCUUAAUCGCUUUGCGAACUGCAAAGAAUUGACAAAUUUAGUGCUUUUGGAUGAUAGUCCAAUACACAGUGAUGAAAUAUCAACUUAUGAAAAGCUUAUCUUUAGCUUGUCUGCACUUGAGAAACUUACUUUAGGUCCAAUUGCUCUUGAG